AUGAGAGAAGAGAGAGAGGAGCGAGACACUGGUUGGGUAAGAGUUAGGAGUAGAGGUAAGAGAGAUGUGAGGAACAGAGUAAGCUUUGGAAAGGAAUCCCAAUGGGGAUAUGCCGAGACCAGAGGAAGAGUACAACAAAAGGCAAUGGUCGUGAACUGGAGAGAUCACAAAGACAUCUCUUCAUUUUACUUUAUAAGGUUUGCGGACGACACCACGGAGAGGGAACUUUGGCAGCAAUUCAAAAGAUGGGGUGAUGUAAGAGAAAUCUUCAUACCCAAUCAAAGGAAUUACAAUGGAAGAAGAUAUGGUUUUGUUCGAUUUAAAGGGGUCCGAGAUAUACAACAAUUGGCAAGGCAGCUAGAUAGCAUUGUCAUUGGAGGUAUGAAGCUAUAUGUCAAUAUCCCCAAGUAUAAUCGAGAGAGACGAACGCAGGAAGACACGGGUAGACAAACAAAGAACAAAGGAGGAGACAUACACACACGAUUUCAGAGAGCCACAGGAAAUAGAGUCCGCCGACGAUCAAGCACGUGA